AUGAUUUGCGAGGAGGAACCAAAAUUGUCUACUUCUGUUAUUAAAGAGUUUGAAAAUGAUGAAAUUGACGGUAAAGUGAAUAUUCGUGAUAAUGAUCAUGAUACUUCACAGUUGUCUUUGGUUGAUCAUGAUGAAAUGAGGGGAGUGCCUACUACUGCUAAGUUGAAGAAAGUCUCUGUACAACUUGAACGUGAAGUAGAAAUAAAUGCAGGUGCAGUUUCAGAAGGCAUGCAUACUUGUCAGACCGUCAGUGUAAUUGAUCAGCAUGUAGCUCACCUAUCAUCAGAUGCUAGUGCUAAACCUGGCUGA